UUUGCUGUGAAAACAAUUCGUAAACGUUGUUAUUAUUGCCAAAGAGCUUGCAUUCGUCCAACUUGUUAAGUCAUUUGUUAAUACAAAUUUUGUAAAUAUUUGUGUAAGUGUGCAACUAGGCUAGGAUGGUUGCAUGUGCGCCUAUUAUUACCAAUUGAUUGUGCCGUACAUGAUAAUAUAAUGCGUGCAUAUAUGUCUACGUAUAACGCUCUUUUCAUGUACUUAUAACAAUAGUUACAAAUUUUACAUACUCAUGAAUAGCAUAACGACAAAAGAUUCUUUACUCUUCCGUUGAACCUGUAAAACAUGGGAGAGAAAUUUUGCCCGAAAAUUGCCAAAAAUUAAAAAAUACUUCCAUACGCUUAUAUCCGCGGGAGAGUGUGCUUAUGUAUAUGUGCGUAAAUAACGAAAAGUGUGGAAAAUGUUAUAAUAGCUACAUGCACAUAUAUAUAUAUAUAUUUUGCUGCAGCCAUACAUUAAUAUAAGCGCCCAACUAACGUUCAUUCUAAGAACGUAUUUUCAACAACCGAGCAAACGGACCAAACCGACCAAACAAAAGUAAUGUAACCCACCAGUACUACUAACACUACAUAUAUAUAUAUAUUUAUGUAUAUGCGUAUAUAUACAUGGACACUCGUUAACUAUGUAAACGUGCUUGCGCGUAUAUAUAUGCGUUCGUGUGUGUAUGUAUUGCAUUGAUUGUAAGAAAGAGAAGGAGAAAAGAAAAAAAGAAAAAGAAGUGAGAGAAAGAUAUAUAAAUUGAAGUGAAAAUAUAAAAGCCGGCUUUUAUGUUCCGCCUGAAGGUACUUUUGUUUUAAAUUUACAAAUGCCAAAGUGUAUCAUCGAUACAGUUACUGCUGCAACUAAUAAUAAUACAGAUAUUCAGUCAGGCAAAGUUGACCAAACAACUAGCCAGGCAUCUAGACAGUUAGUCGACCGGUCGCUCAAUCAAUCAGCCAACAUACGACGUUACGGCAUAGCUACGUUUCGUUCUAUUGUGUGCAGUUGCAUUAUUUGUGUGUUGUUUGUGUGUUUGUGUAUGUUAUCAGUGAAUAUAUAGUAACAUAUCUAUUUUCACACACUUGUACAUACACGCAAACAAACACAUACACACACGCAUACAUCACAAUAAAAUACACACACAAACACAAUGUCCUUGUGCCCUUCAGGAUUAAUCGCUUAUUCAGCAAUCGUUUUGCUUUGUACUUCCGGAAUUAGGGCUAGUUGGGAGGAAUGGUGGACAUACGAUGGUAUAUCCGGACCUAGUUUUUGGGGUCUUAUCAACCCGCAAUGGAAUAUGUGCAAUAAAGGCCGACGCCAAUCACCCAUAGAUGUUGUACCCGAUAAACUUUUAUUCGAUCCAUUUCUACGUCCUCUGCAUAUAGACAAACACAAGGUUUCCGGUACACUACACAAUACAGGUCAAUCGCUUGUCUUUCGUGUUGACAAAGAUACCAAGCAGCAUGUAAAUAUAUCAGGAGGUCCUUUGGCAUACAAGUAUCAAUUUGAAGAGAUUUACAUACACUAUGGCACGGAAAAUACACGAGGAUCAGAACAUUACAUUCAGGGUUACAGUUUUCCAGGAGAAAUACAAAUAUAUGGCUUCAAUAAGGAACUGUAUCAUAACAUGUCGGAGGCUCAACACAAAUCUCAGGGUAUUGUUGGCCUCUCGUUAAUGGUGCAAAUUGGCGAGACACCAAAUCCCGAGUUGCGUAUCAUAACGAGCACUUUUAAUAAGGUGCUCUUUAAAGGAUUUUCUACACCAAUACGACAUUUAUCAGUACGCGCCCUACUGCCAAAUACAGACCAUUAUAUAACAUAUGAAGGAUCCACAACGCAUCCAGGCUGCUGGGAGAGCACUGUAUGGAUCAUAAUUAAUAAGCCGAUUUAUAUAACUAAGCAAGAGUUGUACCAACUGAGACGGCUUAUGCAGGGUUCAGAAACCACCCCAAAAGCUCCUUUAGGUAAUAAUGCGCGGCCAGUGCAAAACCUUCACCAUAGAACUGUUAGAACUAAUAUAGAUUUUAAGAGAAACAAGAAUCAAAAUGUUUGUCCCACCAUGUAUAAAGAUAUGUACUAUCGUGCGAAUCGUUGGUCACCAGACACGGGUUUACUGAUUCGUUGACCUUUUUUGUAUGAAAACAAUCAUUCAACUAAAAACAAUUACAACGGUAGAAAAGCAAAAAUGUCUACCUUAUCCGUUACCGAUGAUCAG